UGGCAUUUUAACAUCUAUUUGAAAGAUUUGUUGGGUGAAAUCUUGGGGAUUUUGGGUCUUGAAGUUGUGAUUUGGAGCUUUUAAGGGAUAAAAAUGAGUUCAAAUGCUUCAUCAGGUGUGGUACAAGUAGGCAAGCUGUUGGUACUUAUUGCUGAGAAUGGUCAAUCAUAUGAGCUGAAUUGUGAUGAAUAUACACUUGUUGAUGCUGUCCAGCAAUUCUUAGAGUCUGUCUCUGGGAUUCCAAUUAGUGAUCAGCUUCUCUUAUGCUUAGAUGUGAAACUUGAAUUGCAUUGUCCACUUUCUACUUACAAGCUCCCAUCCGAUGACCGAGAAGUUAUCUUGUUUAAUAAAGCUAAAAUGAGGAGCAACGCGCCACCUCCAUUACCCGAGCAAGUUGAUAUGAUCGAUAUUCCUGAUCCGCCGUUACCAUCGUCCAAUCACGAUCCCCACCCUUUGGAUGAUGCCACGGACCCCGCCUUAAAAGCCUUGCCUUCUUAUGAGAGGCAAUUCAGGUUCCACUUCCAGCGCGGUCGUUCCAUUUACAGCUGUUCCCAAAUGAGGACCGAGAUUUGUGAGAGGCUUCUACUAGAGCAAAAAGUGCAAGAACGGGCGUUAGGGAUAGCUAGGGGGAAUCUUGAUCACUUUUAUGGGAUGAUAGUGCAAAAUUACAAUGACUUUUUGAAGUGUUACUCGCAGCAAUAUCGUAGCCAUUCUAACUUGCUGACUAAUUUCGGAAGGGAUAUAGAAAAGUUGAGGUCUUGCAAACUUCAUCCUGCUUUGCAGACUGCUAACCGCAAGUGUUUGCUGGAUUUCGUGAAAGAAGAGAACUUGCGGAAGUUGGCAGAGGAUUGUAGCGGUUCCCACAGGCAGUUUGAGCAUAAAGUGUCUGAAUUUAAGCUCGAGUUUGGAGAGCUAGAGCACAAUGCUAAGCAGUUAUUUUCUACCAAGGGUUCACAUCUUAUUAGGGAAGUGGAACUAGCUAUCAGAGACCAUCAGAAAUAUGUCAGUGAGCAGAAAAGCAUAAUGCAGGCUUUGAGCAAGGAUGUGGAUAUGGUCAAAAAGCUCGUGGAUGACUGUUUGACCGAUCAGUUAUCAUCGUCACUCCGUCCACAUGAUGCUGUUUCGGCCUUGGGACCAAUGUAUGAAUUCCAUGAGAAAAGUUACCUUCCCAAGAUGCAGGCUUGUGAUGGUGCAAUCUCCAAUUUGGUUGAGUUCUGCAAGGAUAAAAAGAACGAAAUGAACAUUCUUGUUCAUAAUUACAUGCAAAAGGUAGCAUAUAUCCAGUACACCAUCAAAGAUAUACGAUGCAAAUUUGCUGUUUUCCAGGAAGCUUUGAGGCGUCAAAGUGAUUUAUUUGAGCACUUAAAAGUGGUCCGAGGGAUUGGCCCUGCAUACAGGGCAUGCCUUGCCGAAGUGGUAAGAAGAAAAGCUGCAAUGAAACUAUACAUGGGAAUGGCCGGUCAAUUAGCUGAGCGGCUUGCAACUAAGAGGGAGGCAGAAGUUCGUAGAAGAGAGGAGUUUCUUAGGGUAAAUAGUGCAUUUAUUCCCCGGGAUAUUUUGGCUUCCAUGGGACUGUAUGAUACCCCUAACCACUGUGAUGUCAAUAUAACUCCUUUUGACACUAAAUUGCUCGAAGUUGAUAUCUCAGACAUCGAUCGCUAUGCUCCUGAGUAUCUAUUGGGAAAGCAUGGGACCUUGAAGAGUCCACUUUCCAUGUCUAAUGACGGUUCUCAGUUAGCGGAAACUGAGAUAAGUGACUUCGCAGAGAAUAUUGCUUGUGAGGAAUUACUUCAGGGCUCGGAGGUUCUGGAUAUUGCUGGAACUAGCAAAAUGGAAGUGGAAAAUGCAAAAUUGCGGGCUGAACUUGCUUCUAAAAUAGCCUUUAUGUGUUCUACCUGUCCUGAAUUUGAUUAUGAAUCACUUGAUGAUAGUAAAAUUGAUAGUUUACUAAAAGAAGCAAGAGAGAAAACUUCUGAGGCUCUACAUCAGAAAGAAGAGUAUGAAAAAUACCUUCAAUCUAUGCUUAAGGCGAAGCAAAUUCAAUGUGAAUCUUAUGAAAAACGGAUUCAGGAGUUGGAACAGAGGUUGUCUGAUCAUUACUCGCAAGGGCACACACAUUCUGCUGAUGAGGGUGUAUCUAACUUAACUGCUUCAGCUGUGAAGAACGAUGACAACAAAUCAGAUGUGUCAGGUGUUGGAGAACCUCACAUGACACAUAUGCCUGCUGAAGUCAUGGAUGAGGUUUCUAGUUCAUCAAAUAUCCAACCUGAUAAUAUGGCUGAUUCCUCUGGUAUGUUAAACCCUCAUUUGGAUUCAUCUAUGCUAGAUCCACAUCGUGAUGAAGAGCAUGAAAACCUUCCCGAGAAAGACAAGAAAGAUAUGGCACUUGCAACAAGUUCCAUGGCUGAGAGUAUAUCCCAGCCUCAGACCGACAUGCCUUCUGAAGUAACUGCUGAACAAGCUUCGGAGGCUAAAGCUAGAGAGGAUCUUCUCCUGGAGUUGCAAGGUGUUGUGGCUGAUAAAUCAAAGUUACUGGAUGAAAGCGAAAGCAAGGUGAAAUCCUUGACAGAGGAGGUGUCUAAGCUGGUGAGGGAGUUGGAGAUCAGAGGGAAGCUUCUUGAUGAAUCUCAGAUGAAUUGUGCUUAUUUAGAGAAUUGCCUUCAUGAAGCAAGAGAGGAAGCUCAAACCCAUCUAUGUGCAGCUGAUAGAAGGGCCUCAGAGUAUAGCUCAUUGCGUGCUUCUGCAGUCAAAAUGCGCAGCCUCUUUGAAAGAUUGAGAGCAUGUGUUUUGUCCGGUGGUGUGGCUAGUUUGGCUGAGUCCUUGCGUGCAUUAUCUCAAUCGUUAGCCAAUUCAAUCAAUGAAAACGAUGUGGAUGGCUCAGCUGAAUUCCUCGAAUGCAUCCGAGUACUUGCUGAUAAAGUUGGUACAUUAUCAAAGCAUCGAGCAGAGCUGGCUGAUAAAUGUUCCAAGAUUGAUGCUGCAAAUAAGCAGGUAUCAAAGGAGUUGGAAGAAAAGAAAGAAUUGGUUAAUACCCUCUACAAAAAGCAUCAACACGAGAAGCAGGCAAACAAAGAGAAGAUAUCAUUUGGGCGUUUAGAAGUCCAUGAGAUUGCAGCAUUUGUCCUCAACGCUACUGGAAAUUACGAGGCUAUCAAUCGAAACUGUCCUCGUUACUACCUCUCUGCAGAAUCCGUUGCUCUGUUUACUGACCAUCUUCCAAAUCGUCCAAGCUAUAUCGUAGGGCUGGUUGUGCAUAUUGAACGACAGACUGUGAGGGCCUCACCCUCAACAUCAUCAGUUCGAGCUGACCAUGAUAGAGAUCGUUUAGAUAUAAUGCUGACUUCUGACACAGGAACCAGUCGUUUGUCCUUGAAUUCAGGAUCAACUACGAACAACCCUUAUGGUCUACCUGUUGGCUGUGAAUACUUUGUCGUGACAGUAGCCAUGUUACCUGAUACCACUAUUCAUUCACCACCACCUUCCUGAUCUGAUGAAUGGAAAAUGAAAGAAAUGAGGGAAGAAAUCAAAAUUGUACAGAAUGAUUUAUAUAGUUAACUAGUAGUACUCUUCUUUAGAGGGAUUCUUUGCUUGAUUUCCUAUUGUACAGCUGAUGAUGAAAAUCAAUCAGAGCUCUUCCUGUGUAUAAUUUGCUUUUUUCUUAUAAACAUGUGAAUAUUCAUCCUACUUUUAUUAUUGCCUUUAAUCAAACGUUUGAUGAUA